AUGGCCGGACAGAAGCCCAUACUGAUCUCAGGAGCUGGCUUGGCAUCCCUCUUGCUGGCCCGCUCCCUCCUACGAUCGUCUAUUCCAUUUCUGGUCUUCGAGCGAGAUCAAUCGAUAUCUUUCCGUGCUCAGGGAUAUCGACUAAGGCUAUCAAAUCAAGGCCUCGAUGCAAUAGAAGAAAUCCUUGGGCCUGAAGGCUUCAAGAAGUUCUGGGAUCGAUGCAGCAAGACCGGGGGCCAGAAAGGCUUUUCUGGGAUCGAUGCACUUACCGGGAAAGAUGUGGAACUAAACCGACAUCUGAAGAAGGAAUCUAAUAAUGACGGCCUUCCGAAGGAGCCUCCACGAGAGAUUUUGGUUUCUAGAGACAACAAGACGAUCGGAAUCUCUAGAGCUGACAUGAGAAGCCUGUUUCUGGAAGGUUGCGAGCCUUAUGUCAAAUGGGGCCAUCAAGUCACUGGCUACAAGCUUACUCCAAACGGCGUGAAGGCUGUCUUCAAAGAUGGCUCGGAGUCCGAAGAAGGAGAGAUGCUGAUUGGAGGCGAGGGUAUCUACAGUAGAGUUGCCAAGCAAGUCUCUGAAGGCAAACUCAAGACUUACGAUACUGGCGCUCGAGGAAUUCAUGGGCAAGCUCCUACCACUGCUUUCAAAGCCUUGGGCGAAGGUGUCUGGAGGAUUAUCGAUGACUCCAAAGACGGUGGCAAUGUGAUGGUCAUCACGAAUGUGCGACCUAACGAGUUGGAUGAUCCCAAUAUCAAGUUCGGCUGGACAAUGUCGGGGCAGCCGGGUACGAUUAUGCCUCCUAAUGAUGACUUUUCCAUCAUUGGAAAGCCAGCAGCAGACUUGGCCAAGUCGCUUACGUCAAAAUGGCACGAGCGUGUGAGACCUCUGUUUGAUCAAAUGGAUGAAGAGGAGGCCGCAUUUUGGAAGAUCACUUGCUCGACGCCUUCAGGUGUACCAGAAUGGAAUAAUAAUCCGAGAGUAACAGUUAUUGGUGAUGCUGUUCAUUCGAUGACCCCAGCGGCGGGCAUUGGGGCCAAUACCGCAAUGAGAGACUCGGCACUACUCGGACGACUACUCAAGGAAGCUGGAGGAUGGAAAGAAGGCAUCACUGAAGCUUACGAAAAAGAGAUGAGGGUGUAUGGCAGCGAGGCUGUCUUGUGGUCCUACACUCUGGCAACUCAUUCUUUCGGCAUAAAGAUAGAUGAGGAGACGACGCCGACAGUGGGAGCAACGCCGAUACUAAGACCUUGGGAGAUGUGA